CUACAGGUACACACUGAAGACAACACCACCCCUACCGUCUUGAUUAACAACAACCUACCUGGCAAAGAUACUCUUCAGCUAAACGAGGACAUGGUAGAAGAUAUCAAGCAGAUGAUAUCGAAUAUACGUCCCUUCUCAAUAAUAGACCUUUCGACAAAAGACGAUCUAGUUCUCAUAGCAAACAAAGAAAUUAAUUUAGCUCUGCACUCAGCUUACAACCAACCUAUUAACGUAUUGCUAACGAUUAUAGGACUCCUAGCAGCCAUUAAGGAACAGACCUAC